GAUGGCCGCACAGCACUCCACCUGGCAGUCCUCCACGGCCAACCCGACACUCUCCGCAGCCUCCUCGACGCCGGAAUGUCUCCCUCAACCCCAGAUACCAACGGCCAGACUGCCUUACACCUCGCAGCCCAAGGCUCCUCCCCGGAAAUCGUCGACCUCCUCCUGCAGACAGACAAGAGCGGCGCCUGCUGUUCCGCACGCGACAACCACGGGCGCACCGCCGUCUUCUACGCCUACUCGAAUCCCUGCCUAGACGUCCUCGCGCGGUUUCUGUCUUAUGUCCCCGCCUGCGGUACCGGGUGUGCCCUGACACCGGAGAUCGUUCUCCAAUCG